AUGACCGCUACCGCCAAGCUGAACCUGGCCGCGCUGCAUUUGCACGAUCAGCCUAGACUGGAGGAUCUCUCUCCAGCAAUCUGGGCCAUUAUAUUCUCCCUGCUCGACUCGGCGCAAACAGUCGCACGCAUUGCGUCGACAUGCAAGAAGCUUCACACUGUGGCUCAGGCGCAGGGCUGGCCUUGUUUUGUCAGGAGCCGGUUUGCAAGCCUCGAACUUCCAAAGGGACUCAGCGAUAAGGAAUGGGCUGAGUUGGCCAAGAAGCUGACCUCUCAAUCGCGCGCCUGGGACCGCCGCGCUUUUUCCAUCACGUCAGUAGUGCCUCCCGUGCAACCCGGCGGAGACAGUAGACGUGGCCAGCCUGACCAAGGACGGGGACGAGGACGCGGGCGAGGACGUGGGCGAGGACGCGGGCGAGGUCGCGGUGGCGGUGGUCACUCGAGGAUGCAGACGUUCCCGGCACACGUCGUUGUCGACGCGAGCUCCAAGGUUCAUGGGCAAAAUGAAGAGGAGACAGUUGCUUGGGGCCUCGGCGAGGAUAUCAUCAUUCGAUCGCGAAAGUUAAAGAACGCUACCCUUCAAGGUGAAACAUGGAUCUCGCUGCCAGGAGCCGAGGCUGGAUUUAGGAGUGGCGACGACGAUGUGACGGCUGUUUCGAUUCUGCCCGACACUGCGCCCCAGCCUGGGCUCCUUGUUGGCCGAGCGAGCGGUUAUUUACAACUAACGUCGACAGAACGCAACGACGUGGGACGGCUCCUUGCUUGGUUCCAUCCGAUAAAUACGGGGGUAGACCAACACAACAUACAGCACGUUGAAGUCAAUAAAUCACAAGAUGCCAUGGUCGUUACCACCAAGGAAAACGUCUUAUUCUACCCUUUAGUACCUAAUAAAUGGCCAGCUGUGGAUAUAGCUAAUGGUACGCCGGAUAUUGUCGUUCAGCCUACAGAAGCCUUUAGCGUUAGGAAUAUGCCUGACUCUCAGGACUUUAGAUUCUUGCGCGAGGCAAAGUAUAUGGGCAACGGAGAUAUCGUCUUGUGCAUGGCUGCCAGCACAGAGCCCCUGCGCUUUCUGACAAGGACACCCUCGGGCACGGUGUUGAUCAACGCGGCCAAAUUGCAGCCCUCGCAACGCUGCACCGAGGCGCAUAUCUAUGACGGCAAGCAUCCGCAAACUGCUCGGAGCGUGCUGCCGGUGAACACAAAUUCAAUUAUUGGUGGCUCUGGCAACACCGUCUUAAGCUCCUAUGAUGAUGGAACCGUCCGGCUGCAGGAUCUUCGGAGCCAUUCCCCCAUUGCCGCAAUCUUCCAAGAUCAUUUUGAGAUGACAGCCCCCCUCGGCCCUCUUCUGUCGUAUGGAAUGGAUAGAUUUAUUGUUGGAAGCGCCCGCCUGCCUAUUCUGAAAAUAUUUGACAUGCGAUGGACAAGGCCCUAUUCCUACAUAGACGCCCUCAAUUGCAGCAAAACCGAGCUCGGUCCAACACCAAAGACGCUUACUGGAAUCCCAGCCCCAAGGUCUUCCGAUUACGCAAAGUGCUGCCACCUCUCGGGAUACCAGUGUAACCUUCACUCCCUAGCUCGGACCGACUUUUACAGGCCAAACUGCAACUUAUACCUCCCCGUCGUGUAUCCCGCGGUGACGCCGCUGUAUUCGCUUGCCAAAUCGUCCGACACUGCGUCGAACGUCUACGCGGGCGUAACCGGCGAGCUAUUAAAAAUAAGCUUAAGAGAUACUGCAGUUGAUGAGCGGGAGGAUUUCUGCAUGGAGCGGAUGGGGGACAAGAAUCGCUGCGGCUAUACCUUUCACAGGAGCCUAGCCAACCUGGUGGAAACGGGCGAUGGAAUUGCGCUGAGCGACAUUUCCAAAAGCAAACGCCUUCCGCUUCUUUUCAAGCAGAAUCCUGAGCUGUUGUCUGCCGCUGAUACAGGGGAGCUCCGCCGGCUCGACCACGCUUUGAGGUAG